CCACAUCCUCACUCCAGUUCUGUUUGGCAACAACGCUAUAGCCUCUUGUAUAACCACAGCUGAUUUGUUUGAGUUGGAAAUAGAUUCAUCAGCUAAGGAACAGAUCACAUAUAUCUUUUAACUGGAGCAUUUCUUACUGACAAUACACUGAAACCAACAUGAUGGUCGGAUUCGGCUGUCCUGUAAUCCUGUGGCUGGCCUUGGCCGCCGUGCUGGGCUCGGUACUCGGGCUCGGUGAGAACAUAGACCGGCCUCUGAUCGGGCCUCCAGGCUCUCCCAUUCGGCUGCUGGAGUCCGACACUGGGCUGAAGAAGGCUCUGCAGUUCGCGGAGGAGCGCUACAACCAGGGCUCCAACGCCAUGCACCUUCGCAAAGUCAGCCGGCUCCUCUCUGCCACCAAACAGCUUGUUAAGGGUAUCCGCUACUCCAUAACAGUGGAACUGAGUAACACUCAAUGCAAGAAAUCCACCAUGCUCAGGACAUGUGACUUCUAUCCCGAGUUACAGAAACUCAAGACGGAGGUGUGUUUGUUUGAAGUGUGGGACAUUCCCUGGCAGGGCACUUCCACUCUGCUCAGGCAGAAGUGCCAGCCUAAAGUUGAAGUUCAACAAGAAGAGACCAACAAGGUCGUCGGUGCAUCGACCAGUCAGCCUCUGGAGGAGUCUGUGGAGCUUUUGGGCCAGUUCAAAGAGUUCAUGGUCAAAUACAACAAGGACUACAGCAGCCAGGAGGAGGCAGACUAUCGCCUGCGCGUCUUCCACGAGAACCUGAAGACUGCAGAGAAGCUCCAGACAUUAGACCAAGGCUCAGCCGAGUAUGGAGUCACCAAGUUCAGCGACCUUACUGAGGAAGAGUUCCAGUCUGCAUACUUGAACCCGCUACUGAGUCAAUGGAAUCUUCACCGAUUAAUGAAACCCGCUCCUCCUGCCCGAGUUCCCGCUCCUGCCAGCUGGGAUUGGAGGGAUCAGGGGGCUGUCAGUUCCAUCAAGAACCAGGGUAUGUGUGGAUCCUGCUGGGCAUUUUCUGUGACAGGCAACAUUGAAGGCCAGUGGUUCCUGAAAAAUGGGACGCUGCUGUCCCUCUCCGAACAAGAGCUGGUUGACUGUGAUGGGCUGGACCAGGCGUGCAGAGGAGGGCUGCCGUCCAACGCUUACGAAGCAAUAGAGAAGCUGGGUGGCCUGGAGACAGAAACAGACUACUCCUACACCGGGAAGAAGCAGAGCUGUGACUUCACCUCCAUGAAGGUGGCCGCCUACAUCAACAGCUCUGUGGAGCUGUCCAAGGACGAGAAGGAAAUUGCCGCUUGGCUGGCUGAGAAUGGACCCAUCUCUGUUGCACUGAAUGCCUUUGCCAUGCAGUUCUACAGGAAGGGUGUGUCUCACCCUCUGAAGAUCUUCUGCAACCCCUGGAUGAUCGACCACGCUGUGCUGAUGGUGGGAUACGGAGAACGUAACAGUAUCCCAUUCUGGGCCAUCAAAAACAGCUGGGGAGAGGAUUAUGGAGAGAAGGGUUACUACUACCUAUACAGGGGCUCCAAUGCGUGUGGGAUCAACAAGAUGUGCUCAUCUGCUGUAGUCAACUAAACAACAACACCAGAUAUUCACACACUCAAACACAAUUGAACAAGAGCACUUGAUGAUAACAACCACAUACACACACACACACACACACACACACACACACACACACACACACACACACACACACACACACACACACACACACACACACAAAGUCCUACUCAUGUUACUUUUCCAUUUAACCAAACUAACAUCUUCAUACCUCACACCACGAAAAAAUACCAGCUCUAAUAAAGUUAGCUGCUGUGGACUUUUAUGCUUAUUUUAAAGUAAAUUAUAUGUGCAAAUGUUAUUCCGUUAGCCCUGCAGGUCAUUGUGAUUGCUGUGUUAUAUGCAGUUUUGGUUUUAACUCAUUUUUCCUCACAGUAGCUGAUUCCAUGUUUGAUAAAGAGCGUGCAAUAUUGUAGUUAGUAUUCUGUCUUGUGAGUUUGCUUUGAUGUUUUUAACAGUGUUAAUGCUAGUGCUAUUUAGUACUGGAGUUUUUAAAGAUGGGAGUUAUACCUUGUUUUGGUCUGCACAUAUGCUCCGAUCAUAACUGCAAUGAAAUUGUAAAAACUGCUGUAAGAGAGUGACACUUUAAUGAAGGUUGAAUAAAAAAGUGUGGAAUCCAA